AAUACUUAUAGGGCCGAAACACAUAACGCAAACUGCUUAUUUUUGCGGCGCCGCAACGCCAAAAUCGGCAGUUGCGUUGCCGCGUUGCGGCGUCGCGAAACAGGGCAUUAUGGUAGGGCAACCAUUUUCUCGUGAUUUUUGAGUGUGGAUAGACGUCUCUCUGCGAUGGAUCGUAAUAAACUUAUUGCUUAUUUGUUAUUAAGAAGACAUUAUUCUAUCUUAAAAAUACGGCAAAGAAGAUACUGGAUACAUCCAUUAAGUAAGGGUAUGAAUCCAAAUGGCGAGUUCUUUUCUAAAAAAUACGAAGCAUUAAAGAUAGACGAAAAAAAAUUUGUUGCCUACUUUAGAAUGAGUAUAUCAUCAUUUGAAGAGCUAUUAAGCGAGUUAUCAAAAUAUAUACAGAAGAAAAAAAAUAAAGGAAGAAAACCAGUUACUGCUUUGGAAAUGCUGGGCUUAACUUUAAGAUUUCUAGCAACCGGCAGUGACUUUAAAACCAUGCAUACGAAUUACUUCCGAGGAGCAAGUACAAUAGCAAAAAUUGUAAGGACAGUUUGUCGCGCCAUAUGGAAACAUCUAUCAAGUCAAAAUAUACCUCCUAUAACAAAACAGGUUCUAGAAGAUGUCGCUAUUGAGUUUGACAAGAAAGCAAAUUUUCCUAACUGCAUAGGAGCUCUUGAUGGUAAACAUGUCCGUAUUACAUGUCCUGCGCACAGUGGAUCACUGUUUUACAAUUAUAAGGGCUAUAAUUCAAUAGUUUUAUUAGCUCUUGUAGAUUCUAGAUAUAGAUUCAUUUUUGUCGAUAUAGGAGCGUAUGGCAAGGAAAGUGACUCCACCGUUUUCCAGAACUCUAAACUUUAUGAUUUGAUUAUGACACGCAAAUUACCUAUUCCUGUACCAAAGCCUUUACCAGGUUCUCAAAAUGAAACUCCAUUUGUUUUUGUAGGAGAUGAAGCAUUCUCAAUUUCGAAUAACGUCAUGCGCCCUUACUCAGGAAAACAUUUGUCGGUACAACAAAGAGUUUACAAUUAUCGACUGAGUCGUGCCCGAAGAUAUGUCGAGUGCGCUUUUGGCAUCCUAGCCAAUAAAUGGCGCAUAUUUCAUCGAUCUAUGAAUGUGCAAUACGAAUUUGCGACAGACAUUAUCAAGGCAUGUUGUGUAAUGCACAACUUUGUUUUGAAUCGAGAUGGAGUACAAGCGACCGAUGACAUUAUCUUUGAUGAUUCUGAUCUGCAAAUGUUGCAUUUGCCCACAGCAAAUGAAAAUAAUUUAAGCCCACAUCUAAUACGGAAUGAUUUUUGUAAUUACUUUUCCAGUGAUGUUGGCGCCCUAAGUUGGCAAUUAAACAAAAUAUGAAUGUUCGUAUACCUACUCAGUUCAAAAUACAAAUAAUACCUUAAUACAUUUGAUUCAAACUAUUUAACAUGUUGUGAACAAACAUAAAAAAAGCAUAUAUACGGUCGAACUGAGUAACCUCUUCCUUUUUUGAAGUCGGUUAAAAAUGUGUAUUUUAUUUCUUUUCUUUCAUUAUUAAUUAUUUCACUGUUAAAAUUUUCAAUAAAUGUGAUUUACUUUUGUAA